AUGUUAUUACUUUGGGUGUCUGCAUUUCUGCUUCAUUUAACACUAAUCAUUUACAUUGCAUUGCCUUAUAUUGUGGAAUAUUUUCCUUGGUUAUUUCGGCGCCUUGUCUUCAAUACAAAAAGUGGACCCUUGUUUGGUCCUAGAGUCUAUACACAUUUUGAAUCUGUGGACAUUCCUAGUGGAUAUGCCCAUAACUUUUAUGUCAAUGCUGUGGACCAUCAAGCUCUGUUAGGGGUAUGGCACAUUCUUCCAUCAAGCAGUCAAGUAAAGUGUGAUGUUGGCUCAAAGAGUUAUGAUGAAAUUAUGAAAGCACUACCUUCUGAUUUGCCUGUAUUUAUUUAUUUUCAUGGCAAUUCAAAAACAAGAGCUAUCCCAUGGAGAGUGAAUAUUUACAAAUUGUUGUCAUCCCUUGGUUAUCAUGUCUUCUGUUUUGACUAUAGAGGUUAUGGUGACUCAACAGGUUCUUUGACUGGCGAGAAUGAUUGCGUUCUGGACAGUUUGACAGUUGUAGAAUUUGUCUGUAAGCGUUUUCCAAAUGCACCAAUUUUCUUUUGGGGUCAUUCACUUGGUACUGGAGUUGUUGGUUGUCUUAUGGGUCAUUUAUUGGAUAAAAAAGAUCAUUCCUCGCAUAAUAUUCGUCUGCCUAUGGGCAUAAUUCUUGAUGCUCCAUUCACAUGUUUAAGUGAUGUAAUCAGUUAUAAUAUUCUACUCAAGCCCUACCAACUGAUGCCAGUUUUACAAGAACGGUUUGUAUCAGCUAUGAAUAAGGUGAAAUUAUCAUUUGAUACACAAUCCAACUUGGUAAACUGUCCUAUUCCAAUAAUCAUAUUACACGCUGAAGAUGAUGCAACUGUACCAUUCCCUCUAGGGAAAAAGCUUGCUGAAAUUCUAUCAACUAAUGGUACAUCUGUAUGGUUCAAACGGUACGACGGUAAACUUGGUUACCAGCACAAUUAUAUUCAUACAGCUCCUGAUGUUCCACAGAUUAUUUCUUCAUUUGUUCAAUCCACUCUCUCUGGACGUUUAAGUGCAUUGGAAGAUUUAAUGAUUUAA